AUGCGGUCCAUCUUUGCCGCGUUAGCGGGAGCAGCUCUGGCAUACGCCCACGAAAUUCACCAUGAACAACAAGCGGGGAAAUUCGACUGGAAUGGAGGUUACCCCAAUCGCGGCUGCAAUAGCCAGCAUUUGCCAGGCACAGCUCCAGUUGCGGGAUCGCAGAAUGCAACUUUCCAGCAGUUGAUCGACCACAAGAAUCCUGGUUUGGGGACGUUCUCGCAGUUUUAUUUCUACGAUACGACCUUCUGGAAAGGUCCUGGCUCGCCGGUGAUCCUUUUCACGCCUGGUGAAGUCAACGCCACUCGCUAUGCAAGCUACCUCACCACGAAUCGUACCACCGGAGUACUCGCGCAAGAAAUCGGAGCUGCGACGAUUGUGCUCGAGCACCGAUACUGGGGAGUGUCGUCUCCAUUCGCCGAUCUCACCACAGAAAACCUUCAAUACUUGACCCUAGAGAACUCGAUCAAAGACCUGACUUACUUCGCAAACCAUGUCAAACUUCCUUUCGCAAAGCACGGCAGCAGUAACGCCAAGGAUGUCCCUUGGGUGACAAUGGGCGGAUCUUACUCCGGAGCACUGUCGGCAUGGACUGCUAGCGUUGACCCAGGCACCCUGUGGGCAUACCACUCUUCCAGCGCUCCAGUCCAGGCUGUUUCAGACUACUAUGGAUACUUUCUCCCCGUUCAGCAGGGCAUGCCUCAGAACUGUAGCAAAGACGUCUCGUUGGUGAUUGACCAUAUGGACGGCAUACUCAUGCAUGGUUCCAACAAGGAAAUCCACGAUCUCAAGUCCAUGUUCGGGCUCGAGGCUCUGGAACACAACGAUGAUUUCAUGGCAGCGCUUGAAAACGGCCCGUGGCUGUGGCAGGGCAAUCAGUUCUAUCAGGACACCGGAUUCUUCAAAUGGUGUGAUUACAUUGAGAACUCCGUCAAUGCCACGGGCAAGGCUGUCGCGGGUCCAAGUGGCGUCGGUUUGAAGAAAGCGCUCGCCGGGUAUGCCAAGUGGUGGAAAGAAGUCCAGUUCCCAGGAAUGUGUGCCGGUUAUGGAUACUGGACGGACGACCACGACAUUGGGUGCCUCGACACUUACAACGCCAGCAACCCAAUGUACACGGACACCAGCUUGAGCAACACCAUCGACCGUCAGUGGGUGUUUAUGACCUGCAAUGAGCCGUUCGGAUACUGGCAGGAUGGUGCCCCGGAAGGUAGGCCUUCGAUCGUCAGCAGACUUGUGACGGCAGAAUACUGGACUCGCCAGUGCGGGCUAUACUUUCCGCAGGGUCCACACGGAGAGAGCUUUGGCAUCGCCCUUGGYAAGACUGAGGACCAGGUCAAUGCGUACACCGGUGGCUGGAACAUCGACAAUACCACUCGUCUGAUAUAUGUCAAUGGCGAUUCCGAUCCGUGGAGGGAAGCAUCGGUGUCCUCAGAUCUGAGGCCCCAGGGGCCGUUGAAAAGCACCAAGCAGGUUCCAGUGGAGAUCGUGCCAGGCGGGUUCCACACGAGUGACUUGAUCACCAUGAACGGCAAAGUUAAUGCAGGCUGCAAGAAGGUCCAGGAUGCCGUUGUAAAGCAGCUGGCAUCGUGGGUAGCAGAGUUCCCCAAAAGACGUCACUGGAAGGCGUGA